AUGAAUCUUUCAGAUAGGCAUAUAGGCAAGGGAGACGCGAGGGAAUGCCACCGCCAUAAUGCUGUUGUGAGUCCCGAGCUGGGAUGCCGGGUUGCGUUUGCGGAUGGAUGGCUCCGAGCGGAUUGCGUGUCUUUAUGGAACGCCAGCUUCGGAUUGACCAAGGUCGUCGAACUGUAUAUGUAUAUGGGUCUCCGGUCUGGAAAUAUGAAGGUGGUUUAUGCUUACUCGCGAGAACUCCCUGUAUUCGUACAUGCUGCCUGGAAGUUGGGUUGGGGCAUUUGGACCGGACCACGCAGUCACUGUGAGAUGAGCAUUUCGCGAGAGAUUUGUAGUCGUCUCUUCCGGAUCGAAUCCGAGAUAAGACCCAGAGCGAUCGGAAUACACAGGCAGGGUGAGAAGAACAAAGAACAAGGAGCCAGUCACUGCGACGGCGACGGCGACUGCGACAAGAAACAAUCUCUAUACACUAAUACAAGGCACAGCAAGCCCCCGCCCCCCUCCUCGCGUUAUGCUCUCUUCGAGGAGGUGAACCGUUGCUUGUGCGCAUCUGCGUUGCCAGAUGGCCACGCCCCGUGGUUGAACCAGCUUGUCCCCGACCACAUGUGGCACAUCCGCGCAACUUCCAUCUUCUCCUUUCAAGACGGAUGA